UUUACGUUGUCAUUUCGUGCCGAUCGUGUUCAUGGUAAAACGCUGCUGGAAAACGCGCACGCAUAUACGUACAUAUGUAUAUGCGCGCCAGCUGUAUACGUGCACGCCUACAAAACAGCUCGUACAUGAUUUUAAGUCCGCCGUUAAAUGAAAAGUUCGAUAUGCACCACCGUCCGCUUUUUCAAAGUUUUGCGCCGCAAUCGGUUCAUUCGAACCACAACGCUCUCUUGUGGCUCGUAGUUCCAGAUUGUUACAAAAAAAAUUCUUUCUGCAGUUACGAAAAAACCGCUAUUCAUUUAAUUUCUAUGCGUUUCGCGUUGUUCGGUCACCAUCGAUCGUUCAUCGUUACCCGUGCAGUGUGCGCUGUAAAAUUCGUGACCGCUGCAAUUCCACACGUUAUCCGCGUUAAGAUCAGAAACGUCAUAAUUAUGGAAAAUGCUAAUGGAGAAACUAUCAGACAAAGGAAAAGGGAGCCAGAAAAUGACGUAACUGAAUUAUCAAGCGAUACCGAAGAGCAAGAGAAGAAGAAAGAACCGAUGAAGAAAAAUUUCAAAUAUUACUUUAAUAGAUUUAGAUACUACCAUUAUUAUUGUGUCGAGAAAAUUGAAUCCUUCAUCACAGUGAUAUGCAUGUGGAUUAUUAAAAUUCAGUUUUACUUUAUGGGUUACAGAAUUAAUGGUCUUCCCUCAAUUUAUGAAAUUGAGGAAAAGUGUUUAAAUGACGCUUGAUAUAAGCGCUUCUAAAUAAUUGUGUAACUCCGAUUAUACAAUGCUUUAUGUGGGUGCAAUCUAAUUAAAUAUAAAGAUAAAACUGAAGAAGAAUACAAGGGAACCUAAUCGCAUUAUCCUAAUCGAAUCGUUGAAUGAAUAAAGAAUAGCCCUGAUUCCAA